AUUGAAUUUCUGAACGACUUGUUCGAUGCCUUACACAAGGAAGUUCAAUCAACAUGUGCACCACCACAGAUUAAGGAGUUUUCUUUGACCACUCCUGAAGUUCCUACACAACGACACAAGAAUGAUAGUGGGAUCUGGGUUUGUGUGUGGAUGAUGGGAUCAACUUGGGAUGAUGACUAUUAUAUUUGGACAUGCAAUCAUUUGAGAAGAAUGCAGGUGGCAUUGUACCUAGUCAAAGAGCCUACCAAUUACAUAAGACACAAGGUGCUCAAGAAAGCAAAUCAGAAUGCGCCUAGGUUUGAAGCUCAGACACUUGAGUACAAAAUAGCUUCCCAAGAGAGGAAAGCAGGUUCCCAGAAGAGGCUAAUUCAGGAAAGCAGCUUCCCAGAAGAGGCGAAUUCAGGGCUCAAGGAUAUCUAGUCGCAUAGUGUGUUCUGCUAAAACAUUUUAGCAUUUAGUUUUGUUUCUUCCUUUCCAACGAAUGCCCUCUUUAUGGUAACGAUUUAAGGAUAUCUAGUCGCAUAAUGUGUUCUGCUGAAACAUUUUA